AAACGCUCCGUGAACAAGCGAGGGCGGUUCUUCUUCAGAUCAGUUAGAGAAGUGACACGUUGGGUGUUUUCCUGUGAAGAAGGAAGUGAAGCAACGUUAAAGCUUCAGUCCUAAACAUGAACGCUCAUCUCAUCUUCAUCUUCUUCUUUCUCACAUCCUUGUUGCAGGACGGUCUCACUGACUCUGUGUACACUGGACCUGAAGGAGGAACCAUCACAGUUAGUUGCUUAUUUCGCCUCUCUGCAGAGAAGAAGCUUUUCUGCAGGAAGUCGUGUGGAGACGGAAACGUCCUGAUUGAGACAGACAGCGUCAGAGCUCAGAGCGGCAGAUACAGCAUCGAAUACGAAGAAGGAGUUUUUCUAACAUCUCCUACAUUUGUUAAUGUGACAAUAAAACAGCUGAGGAAGUCCGACUCUGGAAAUUACACGUGUGGUUUGAAGAGAACUGUUCGUAUAGACUCAACCAAAAGGGUUGAGAUCAUCGUCACAGACGAGGAACCUUCUCCAACAUCUUUCCCAGCAGCCACAGCUCCCACCUCCAACUCUCCUGAACCCAGCGAGCAGUCAUCUGCACUUCAGAUCACAGCUGUUCUGCUGACUGUGAGUUUCAUCAUCAUCACACUCUCAGUGACUGUGAUGGUUUUCUGCAGGAACAGAACCAGUAAACAAACAGAGUGUCCUGAAGCUCCAGGUGAAGACGAGGUUGAGAGAGAAUAUGAGGAGGUGGGAGACGGCCGAGUGAACUCCUCUUCCUCAGAGGAACAGUUUCAACUUUACUCUCUGGUUCAAUACAACGAAACAAAACAAACCGGAUCUGAUCUCUGACACACAAUCCUGCAACACAACAAGGUUGAAGACGACUCCAUCACAUGCACCUACACUGAGGUGGACUCUGACCUCAGUGACUCACUCUACAGCGCCCCCUAUAGACAUGUUCACACUGUGACUCAGGUACAGAUGAACUGUCAGUGAAGAAGCUUCAUGUUCUCUGUACUCGACUUUUGCUCCAGGUUAAAUGUAACUGUAACUGUAACUGUAACUCAGUAACUUCAUGUGACAGAUAGUUUACUCUUAAAUAGUAAAUAACUUUUAAAUAAUAUUAAUAAACUUUGUAUCUUUUUAUAUGCA